AUGAAUCAUCAAUUUCAAUAUGAUCAAAUUGCAGUUCAUGGUGAUGGUGAUGAUGAUAAUUCUGCUUACUUCAACUCAUUCCCACCAGGUUUCAGGUUUUGUCCUACGGAUGAAGAACUUAUUGUUCACUAUCUGAAGAAGAGAAUUAUGAAUCAGCCAUUACCCAUUAACCGAAUCAGAGAAGUUGACCUCUACAGACAUAAUCCUGAUGAUCUUGCUGAGAUGUACCAAUCAUACAAAGAGGAAGAAUGGUAUUUUUUUACGCCUAGAGAUCGAAAGUAUAAACAAGGAAAUCGACCAAGUCGAACGGCAAGAAAUGGCUAUUGGAAAGCCACAACAGCAAAUAAAUCAAUUGAGAGCAAUGGUGAAGUUGUUGGUCAUAAGAAAUUAUUAAAUUUCUUUAUAGGAAAGGCUCCUAAGGGUGACAAGUCUAACUGGAUUAUGCAUGAGUUUCGAGUGAUACAAUGUUCUACUCACCAAACUAAUAGAGGUCCAAAUGAUAUGAAGCUGGAUGAUUGGGUCUUAUGUAGGAUUUACAAGAAACAUGAUAAAUCAACAAGAGAAGUACAAAAUACAGAAAUUCAAGUGGAGGGUGUAGAUACAUUGAUUGGAGAUGGUGAUUAUUCUGAUGUCAUUGAUGAAGAUUUUGGUCCUACACAUAAUGAUCCUAACAAUUCUAUCAGCCCAUCUGGUGAGGAUGAAUCCAAUGAUCACUCUCUUCAAUAUAACCUUUCUCCACUACCUUCGGAAUCCUAUUUUAGUAGUAAUUAUCUUUACAUGUCCGACAUCAGCUUUGAUUAUGAGGAUCCUAGUAGUUCAUCCAACAUCAACUUUGAUAAUGGGGAUCCCAAUAGUUUAUCCAACAUCUGUUUUGAUUAUGAGGAUCUUAGUAUUUCAGUUGAUGAUUAUAUGUUACCCCAAUAUAACUAUUUGGAUCCCCUCCACAUCAACUAUCUUCUUCCUGAUAAUAUUUUGCCAAAUGGCGCGGGGAAUGUCACCAAUCCUACUGAUGAGAUUUUUCCAGAUCAAACCACUGCAAAUGUCAACAAUAAUAAGAGACACAAGUCUAAAUGA